AUGAUUCCAUAUUAUAAGAUGCUUAGUGGGUUAAGCGCUGAAUUACAACUUGAUGAAGAUGUUAUUUUAUUACAAGGAUUAAAUAAAAGAGAAAGAAAUGACGCGCCACUGAGUUUGAUUAGAGGUUCAUUGAAAGUAAUGGCAAAAGGUAGAAAAAGAUACAUUGAUAAGAUCUUGAUUAGAUUUAUUGGUAGAUCAUCUGAUGUUAUUUAUAAAAAAUCAUUAAAUGCUAGGUAUUUAAGAAGUCAAGAAUCUAAAACUAUAGUUCAAGAUGUUUAUGAAUAUGGUUUCAAUUCAAAUGAACCAUUGAAAGGUUCUUAUUCUUUACCUUUGCUUUUUGUUUUGGAUGCUGAUUUACCUGAAUCUAUAAUCACUGGAUUUGGUAAUAGAACUUAUUGUAUUGAAGUUAUAAUGGAAUUUGAAGGUUUACCUAAAUUAAUGAUUAGAAAACCAAUUCAUUUGAUGAGAGGUCCCUUAGUUGGUUCUCAUAUAACUUCAGAAUGUAUUCAAGCUCUGGGUGAUUGGAGAGAAUAUAUGCAUUAUGAUCUUUCAAUAUCAAUGAAAUAUAUAUCAUUAGGUGAUAGAUUUAAUUUAAAUUUCCAACUGAGACCUUUAUUUAAUGAUCGAACUUCUGAAAUUGAUCAAAUUAAAAUAUUUUUCAUUCAAAAAAUUCAAUGUGAAAAAAGAAGUGAAUUUAUUGGUGAUGGUGAUACACAUGAACUUAAUGAAAAACAUCUUUUAAAAUUAAUUAAUGAUCCUAAAGAAUUGAUUAAAGAUUCAAAUCUUUAUAAUGUUGAGUUAUCAAUCAAAUUACCCAAAUCAAUGCCUUUCAAUAUUCAUCCUCAUAUUUCAAAUAAUCAUUUAGAUGAUUAUCUUAAUCCAAAAAGUUUGAAAAUUACACAUUAUAUCCAAAUGAUUUUGAAAGUGAAAUCAAUAGAGAAAAAUUCCAUCACUUAUAGUAAUUCCAUCAAAGACAAAAGUUUGUCAUUAUCUCAUGAUACAGAACAUCAAACAAGUACCACACCAAUUUCAGAUCAACGUCUUUUAGAUUCAUCACCAUUUACAAGUGGUCAUGUCUUUGCACCAAGACCUAUUCUGAAAAGUGACAUUUAUUUGAGAAUUCCAAUAUAUCUCUUACCUUCAGGUAAAAUUAAUCAACCAUCACCACCAACUUAUGAAGAAGCUACCAAUAAUUCAAAAUCAUCUAAAUCCAAAAAUAAUUUCAAUCCUUUAAGAUUACCAAGGAUUAAAGAUACUAGUUAUCCACCUGCCUAUGUUAUAUAA